AUGUCACUCAUCACUGACUUCCUCGUGGCCAUGUGGAACAAUUCCUGUUGCCCGGCCACUCUCGCAGUCCUCGUCAGCUACAUAGCCCUAGUCAGGGCGCUCCGGCACCGCCGCAUGGCAAAUAUCGAGGCCCCCUUCAUCAACGGCAAGAGGCCGCUAUCAAGCAUGACAGUCAGCGAAGCCCAUGCGAUCAUCACGCAGCUCCAGGAGUUGGAAUUCCCAUAUGCGUUCGGCAAGGCGCGUCGAAUGGCUCUACUGAAGGCCGGAGGAAUCCCAACAAUGUCGAAGCUCUUCGCCGUCACAGGCCAGAACAACACGCGGAAUGCGGGUCGGCGCGCUGUUGACACGGAGAUCCUGCUCCGCGAGUCGCAGUCCCAGCCUCGAGAUUCGGACCGCUAUGCAAUGGCCGUGGCGAGAAUGAACUAUCUCCAUGCCCGAUACCGCCGCGCCAACAAGAUCACCGACGAUGACCUCCUGCAUACCCUUGGCGAUGGUCUCGCCGAGAUCGUCAACGUCGUCGAGAGGGAAGAGUGGCGGGGGCUCACGGACGUCGAGAAAUGUGCGCUUGGGAUCUUCCACCGGGCUUUAGGUGAGGACAUGGAGAUACCGUUUGAUGUGCUUCCCUCAAACCCCAAAGCAGAAGCUGGAGGGUGGAAAGAUGGACUGCACUUCGCGCUGGAACUGACCAGGUGGACAAUCGAGUACGAAGAGAAAGUCGCCCGGCCGACGGCCACUAACGAUCAGUACGUCCGGGUCUACGUUGACUCUGCGCUUCCUGGCUUCCUUAGACCGGCUGUUCGACAGAUGCUGGGGGCUGAUCUGGACCAUAUUAUGAGGGCGAGUCUUGGUCUCGAACCCCCCAGCCUUCUGCUUUCCAUGACUCUACGCCUCGUCCGCACAUCACGAAAGUUCCUCCUUCGAUACCUUGCCCUUCCACGUCCCGCCAUUUUCGCCGUGAAUCUCGUACACACCACCCGAAACCCAGAAACGGGCCUGUAUAAUUUCGACAGGAAGGGCCUGCAGCCGUGGUAUAUUCGGCCUAGUCGCCGGUCCAGAUGGGGACCGGGUGCGAUGUUCGUACGCAUAUUCGGCGGGAGAAUCCCCGGUUCGUACGGAAACCGGUAUCUGCCUCAGGGAUACGACUUGAUGACCAUCGGCCCAGAGCCGCAGAGGGGAAAAGGAUUGGAGGAGAUGGGGCGCGACAUCGAUGUCAUCAAGGGCAGGGGCGUGGCUACGUGUCCGUUUUCGCAGGCGAAGUCGGGGGUUUUUACUGUGAGGAACUGA